AUGGAAGGAGUCCCCAUUGAGCAGUACCGGGCCUGGCUGGAUGAGGACAGUAACCUGGACCCUCUGCCCUCCCCGGUGGGGCCCCCAGAGUCGGAGCAGGAUGAGGAGAACCGCUGGUUGGAUGCCCUGGAGAGAGGAGAGUUGGAUGUAAAUGGAGACCUGAAACGGGAGAUCGAUGAGACGUUGCUGACCGCUCGUCAGAAAGCCCUCCUACAGAAGCAGCAGGCCCCACCCAUACCUCUGUACCCGCCCCCUGUAUACGCCCGGCCCCCGCCUGAACUGUCCCAGGAGAUGAUAGUGAAGAGGGAGGAGAAGGCCAGGAAAAGACGGCUGCAGGCCGCCAAGAAGGCCGAGGAGAGCAAGAAGCAGACCAUCGAAAGGCUGACCAAAACCUCCAAAUCUCGGGGGUGCCAAACCCAGCCAAGGGAGGCGGGGACGCCAACCGCCCUGCCCUGCCCCACCGUCCGCUACCAGCACAGCGCACACGGCAUCACCCUCUCCUAUCCAGUGGGCGUGCCUUACCCUACCCCCACAGAGCCACGCCCCGCUCUGCCGGCACCACAGCUGUGCGGUGUCCCCGGAUGCACCAACCUAAAACGCUACUCCUGUUCCAAGACUCGGGUCCCACUGUGCAGUCUAGAGUGCUACCGCAAGAACCUGCAGAGUGCUGGGGGGGGGGGGCGGCACUGGACAUCAUGGGACUGA